GCUCAAAUCAUCAACCAAACAGAAAAAUCGAAAGAAACAGCGAGAAAAGAAAAGAAAAGAAAAAACAGAGGGAGAGAGAAAGAGGAAAGGAAAGGAAAAUGUUCUUCUUCUUCGUGGGAGGGGUAGAGCAACAGGUGCGACAGGUGCUGAAGAGUGGAGCAGGAAGGUGCAUACGCUGCGGGUCACGUGCCGAUCUCGUGGAAUACGAGAAGGUCCUCAAGCUCUUCUUCGUCCCCGCAUGGAAGUGGCGAGGCAAAGAGCCUCUCAUGCGCUGCAACAACUGCAAUCUCUUCUUCCCACCCUCCUUCUCUCUGCCGCCUCCCACCGACUCAUCUCCGCCGCGUACGGCGGUCCCCGAUGUUCUCCGGUGCCAAUUCUGUUCUCGGGAGGUUGAUCCCGAGUUCAGGUUCUGCCCCUUUUGCGGUUCUGCUCUGUAACUCUCUCUCUCUCUGUCUGAAAUUAUGGAUAUGUUGGAGAUCAGGGUUUAUGUUUGUAAAGGGUUGGUUUUGCAAUGAAUAUGUUUGUGAUGGAGUUUAAUUUUAAUGAGAUUGUUACUUUUUUA